ACCAUAAAUACAACUCAUAAUAGGACCCUUAUUUCGGUAGUGCCACUCUAACAUGCCAACCUUUAUUCCUUUCCUUUUUAUAUAACAAUAACACUACUUGUACAAUGUAAUGAUGUUCUUUUAGCUUUCUGCAACCAUUUUCCUCACACCUCUACUCCCUAGCUUUUCUCAUUUUCCCGGAAAAUUCCAAGAAGAUUGAGACGAAAGUAUUAUAUUAGCAGGAUUCGGUCUCUUGUGAUGUCAUUUUCUAGCAUACUCUCAAAGUCUUAUAUCAAAUAAGAGAGCAUAGUUAUCUUACGAUUCCUGAGCCUGCAUUAUUUCAUUCUCAAAUACGUACCGUACACCCCUGAUUCUGAAUGGGGACAAAUUGUUUUAUGCUCUCACGAUAAAUGGGGAAGUUUCAUCAUAUCAAAAGCUUUAAUGGGUUUUUGUUACGGUCAGAAACAUAUGAAUGCAAAUCAAGAAUUGAACCAAAGAGAUUGGAGAUAUAGAGUUUUUUGGGUUGAUAUUUAAUGGGGUUGUUCUUUUUUUCCAGAAGUUGGUGUAUCAUCUUGGUUAUCUCCUUGUCACAAUCACUUGUUGUGAAAACUAAUACUACUGCUGCUGCUUCUUCUUUAACCACUUCUUAUUCUUCUCAUCCUCUUCAUCGUCAUGACUCUAAGUCUUUGGCCAGUUUUUUCCACGACUAUGCCUCAAAAACUGUAGUGAGAGUUACAACGGCUGUUAAUUACAAGAUUCGUCUCCCAGCUAACUUCACCGGUAUGCAACUCAGAUUUGUGAGGUUCAGGACACCAAGUUUAAGGCGCAGAGGAGGUCAAUUCGGCUCUUUUUACGUGCCACCACGAGUUUUAUCAGCCUUUCCAAUGGAAGCCAGAAGAAUAGCCAUAGUGUACGAGAAUUUAGGCAAUUGGUCUAAUUCAUACUAUAAAGUGCCUAAUUAUACGUUGGUUGCUCCUAUUAUUGGGUUCUCUGUUUAUGAUUCUCCAGCUAAAGCCCCCGGUGGCCUUGUAGUAGGCGAUGAAAGAAUCAGUCUAAGUGUCCAGCCAGGGAAAAAGCCUAUUGUGAUAAAGUUUAAGAAAAUUGACAAAGAUUUGAAAGAGUCUCCUCUAAAAUGUGUCAAGUUUAGUGAUGAUGGAAGCUAUGAAAUCGAGAGCAUGACCGUGCCAAAUCGAUGCUUUGCCACAUCUCAGGGCCACUUCUCUGUUCUCUUUUCCACCAUUAGUUCAACUACUUCACCACUACCGUCCAAGGCAAGGCACAAGGUCUAUUUGAAAUGGUGGUUGACAGGAUUCGGUGGGGGUUUUGCUGGUGUCGUUUUGCUGGUUUUGCUUUCCACUGUCGUUUUUAAGAUUGUAAGGGACAGGAGAUUAAGAGCUAUGGAGAAACAAUCUGAAUGUGGUGUGUUGUUUGACACAUUUAGUGUUGGAAAAAGUAAAAUGCCUUCUGCUCCAAUGGUUAGAACCCAACCAGUCAUUGAACAUGAUUAUGUUGCCUGACCUUUAUUUAUUUUUCAUAUAUACAUUUUGGGAGUUCUUUUCUUCUUUUUCAUUUUCAUGUGUACAGUACAUUCUUCCACACUUCAAAGGAAGAAAAGAGAAACAGUAUAUUUAUUUCACUCAUUCUAUGUCAACCUUAAUUUCUUCGUUUUUUGUAUUACUAUUAUUAUGAGACACUUUCUUAUUUCUUUAUUUUUACUAGUAUUAUUAUAAUUCUGUUCUAUUCAGGAGCCUA